UAUAAUCGCGUCACGCCAUCUGGUAACGAUUUCACGAAAACGUAAUGAGACAGACAUAAUAAGGAGACAAAACACUAGGAUCGCUACAAUCGCCAGACGAAAUAUGUCACGUGAGAAUCGGCGCGAUUAAGUGAAGUAAACGCCAGAGCAUGACUUCAGUUCUGUGUUACAAAUGGGAUCGAAAGCAAAUGUCCAACGUGUUGACAGAUCCUUAGACGAACGAUAGCGAAAUUCAAUUGGAUCCGGUCGGUGUGGAUAAUCGGGAAAAUAACGAAAGCAGCAUGGUUAAUCCGAAUGGUAAUAAACAGCAAGUACCAUCGACGACGAGUGAAAACAGCAAUAACAAGCGACAUCCGAAAUGUGCGAGAUGCAGGAACCACAAUGCCGAUAUUGCAAUCAAGGGUCAUAAACGCUACUGCCCAAAUCGUUUUUGCAGGUGCCCAAAAUGCACUUUGAUAGUUCAACGACAGCGUGUUAUGGCCCUUCAAGUUGCGCUGAGAAGAGCCCAAGAACAAGAUAAAGCAAUGGGAAGGACACCUUCCGACGAACUCGACCAGUUGCUCAUAAAUCGUUCCCUAUCACCCAUAUUAGAAACCUGGAAAAAUAAAUCGAGUUCCAGUUUUAAACCCGUUGAUGAGAGAGAGAGAGCGGAAAUAGACAUGAGAACGUACGCCCUGAGAGAACCAACCGUGGUCCAACCGACUAUAAACACACCCUGGUCUAGUAUGCUGCAGCAAAGUUCGUCGGGAUUGCCUCUGCUCUAUCCUCCCAUGGGAUGCCUCCCGUCUUACUAUCGCUACCCCCUGGAUAUGAAUAGCAACGGCAUGGCAGCUAAUUGUCACUCCGUCACUACUACCGGCGCUUACAACUAUCACAGUCUGAUCCAGGAUCGAAGCUCGGAUUAUCCCAUAACGGAACGCGAAGACACCGACAGCGAAAACUCCAAUUUGGGCCUGCCCGGUCUGAUACACGGCAGUGUGCCCAUCAGAUAUCACACGGCAUUUGCCUCCAGUCUAGUGACAGGCGGCAGGAGCAGAGAAGUUAAUUCUCCGGAUACAUAAAGGCCAGGACGGAAGUGCCUUAAAUACGUUCAAGAAGGGAUAUAAUAGGGAGGAAGAGUAUCUACACGUGGAUACAAAUUGUGAUAAAUAUAAUGCACUCUGUUAUUCCAUCGAUAUUUCUUUAUGUUUAAAAUUUAAAUACGUAUCGACGAGUAGAAAAUCAAAAUAAAACAAGCACACAAAGCUAACAAUUAAAAAGAAAGAAAAUAUGAAUAAAUAAUUGUAACGUACUUCAUUAAAACUCUAUAAAAAGUGAAACGUUUCUUAAGUGUAUAUGAAUUAGAAAUUAAGCAAAAAAAAUACCAAAAAAACAAAAAAAAAACAAAAAAUUAUGGGUUUGUCUGUAUGUGUAUAUGAAUAUAUAAAUAUA